UGGGACUGGGUCAACCAAAAGUUCAAAGAAGUUGUGGCUGCCCGUGGAAAGAAGGGAACUGCACGAUUUGAACUCGUAGAUCAGCUUACACACCUGAUAAGGAUUGCCAAAACUCCAGCACAGAAACUUGAAAUCUUGUUUAGUGUUAUUUCUGCACAGUUUGAUGUGAAUCCUGGUCUCAAUGGACACAUGCCUAUCAAGGUCUGGAAGAAGUGUGUGAAUAACAUGCUUACGAUACUGGACAUUCUUGUCAAAUAUGAUAACAUUGUUGUCGAUGAUACAAUUGAGCCUGAUGAGAAUGAAACUUCAAAACCAGAAGAUUUUGAUGGAACAAUUCGGGUCUGGGGUAACCUUGUUGCUUUUGUGGAGAGGAUAGACACUGAAUUUUUCAAGAGUUUGCAGUGCAUAGAUCCUCAUACACGUGACUAUGUGGAGAGAUUGAGAGAUGAGCCGAUGUUCUUAGCUCUUGCUCAAAACAUCCAAGACUACUUUGAGCGGUCUGGUGACUAUAAAGCUGCGGCAAAGGUGGCCUUAAGACAAGUUGAGUUAAUUUACUACAAACCUCAGGAAGUUUAUGAUGCCAUGAGGAAACUGGCUGAGCUGGUGGUGGAAGAAGAAGAAGAAGAUAGUGAGGCUCCCAAAGAGGGAGCUGGACCUCCCGCUUCAUUCAUUGUUGUUCCAGAGGUUGUUCCUCGUAAGCCUACCUUCCCAGAGAGCAGUCGAGCUAUGAUGGAUGUUCUCGUCUCCCUUAUUUACAAAUAUGGAGAUGAACGAACCAAAGCACGUGCGAUGUUAUGCGAUAUAUAUCAUCUUGCUGUAGUAGAUGAGUUUGUGUCUGCUAGGGACUUGUUGCUGAUGAGUCAUCUGCAGGACAAUAUUCAGCACAUGGACAUCUCAACCCAGAUCCUAUUUAAUAGGUCCAUGGCGCAGCUUGGUCUAUGCGCGUUCCGGGUUGGAAUGAUUACCGAAUCUCACAGCUGCCUGUCUGAACUGUACUCUGGUCAAAGGGUGCGGGAGUUGCUUGCUCAAGGUGUCCAGCAAAGCCGAUAUCAUGAGAAGACUCCCGAGCAGGAGAGAUUGGAAAGGAGGAGACAGAUGCCAUAUCACAUGCACAUAAACCUUGAGCUUCUUGAAGCUGUUCAUCUCAUAUGUGCCAUGCUACUAGAGGUCCCUAACAUGGCAGCCAAUUCUCAUGAUGUCAAACGUAAGGUGAUUAGCAAGAAUUUUCGUCGCCUGCUCGAGAUCAGCGAGAGGCAAGCAUUCACUGCUCCUCCUGAGAACGUUCGUGACCAUGCCAUGGCAGCAACCCGAGCUCUCAUUAAAGGAGACUGCCAAAAGGCUUUUGAAGUUGUGAAAUCUCUUGAUGUCUGGAGACUGUUCAAGGAUCGGGAAACCAUUCUUGCUAUGGUGAAUGAUAGAAUCAAAGAAGAGGCUUUGAAGACUUAUCUCUUGACAUACUCGGCCUCUUACGAGUCCCUAAGUCUAGAUCAACUUGCCAAGAUGUUUGAUCUCUCUGAGAACAAAGUCCACAGCAUCGUGAGCAAGAUGAUGAUCAAUGAAGAACUCCAUGCAAGCUGGGACCAGCCUACACGUUGCAUUAUCUUCCAUGAUGUACAACACAACAGGUUGCAAACCUUGGCUUUCCAGUUAACCGAGAAGCUUGCUGUUCUUGCGGAGAGUAACGAGAGAGCAAUGGAAGCUAGGACCGGUGGUGGCGGUCUGGAUCUAGGUUCAAAAAGAAGAGACAACAAUCAAGACUACGGAGGAGCAGCAGGUGGUGGAAGGUGGCAAGAAAACAUGUCUUACACACAAGGAAGACAAGGUUACAACGCUGGUGUUAGGUCUGGUUAUGGUGGUAAGAGAUCAUCUGGGCACGGUGGUCAGAACCGAGGAACUGGUGGGAAUGCAGGAAGAGGUGGAACAGGGAAUAGAGGAAUGCAGAUGGAUGGCACGAGCCGUAUGGUAAGUCUUAACCGAGGUGCUCGUAUAUAA